AAAUUGCGUUUGUAUUCUGCCCGCGCUUCAAAUUGCACAAAAGCAACAUGGUACAAAUAUAACCAGGUACAACAGUUCAUUACAAGAAACAAUAAGAAUUGCUAUACGUAUAUAAUCCAUGUCAAUUAAAGGAAACAUUCAGAUGUAUUCAUCGCGGAAAUGAUCGGAAUAGAUUUCCCGAGCAGGCUCCUGUAACUGAGAGUUUCUACAGUAAGGGCGGAAACGAAAAUAAAAAGCAGUAGAUCUUCAAAGAGUGAAUAGCAAAUGUGUUUUGGAUACAGUUUAUCUUGCUAAUAAUAGAUCGACAGUUCUAUACCUCUCGGUCAUCAAGAUGCCCGGACUAGUUGGGCGCCGAGCGAGAUCAUAUAUUACUGGAAAUAUACGUACCUCUUUAAUUUAAUAACGCAAGCUGGACUAGAUCAAAAACAUUUCGUUUAGAUAUUAAGAAAACAAACAAAAUCUUGAACAAGAUAUGUCGAACUUAACGGUCGGUUCUGCAGCUCCUACAAUUGAGAAGGCAGCUGCUUCAGAAAUAGAAUUGGAUGCUCUUUCUAUUAAAGAGAAUAUCGCAGUAGUUAACGAGGAGGAAGCUAAGACAAAGAAGAGAGACAAGAAAAAUGAGAAGCGCAAAAAAGGAAAGCGUAACAACGAUGAUGAAGAAAGCCACAUACGCCACUAAAGGCGAAAUCAUGCUUAACUUGGUUGGUCUGUUCUUUGCCUGUGGUGCAGGUACAACACAACCAUUACUAUCUCUAAUCUUCGGUCGUAUGGUCUCAACAAUGAUCACAUUUUUCCAAGUUUCAAAACUAUAUAAGGCCAACCCUAGUGAUCCAGAACUUACACAAGUAUUCAAUAGCGCUAAAGACGAUCUCAAUGAUGAUGUGUCAAUGAAUUGUAUCUAUCUGGUCGUUAUUGGUGUCGCUAUGUUCAUCGGUACCUAUGUCUACACUCUUAUUUUCACAUAUACAUCAGAAAGGGUCUCACGUAGAGUCAGAGAAAUGUAUCUUCGCUCUAUUCUUCGUCAAGAUGUCGCCUUCUUUGAUAACAUUGGUGCUGGUGAAGUCGCUACUCGUAUUGAAACAGACACCCAUUUGAUACAAAUGGGUGUGUCAGAGAAGGUCGGAACUGCUGCUAUGUAUAUAGCUGCAUUUAUUACAGGUUUUAUUAUCGCCUUCGCACGUCAAGCCAGACUAGCAGGUGUCAUGUUUAUCAUUGUACCUUGCAUUGCCGCACUUGGUGGAUUGUUGACUACUUUCACAUCAAAAUAUGAAGCUCGCUCGCUCGAUAAUAUCGCAGCAUCUGGUAAUCUCGCUGAGGAAGUCAUCUCAACAAUCAGAACAGCUAAAGCAUUCGGUUCCCAACUGCUACUUGGUACUCUCUAUGAUGCUGAACUCCAUAAGGCUCGUAAGACAGGAUACAAAGUAGCAUCAGUUAAUGCAUUAGUCUGGACUUCUGUCUUCUUUAUCAUAUACUGUUCAUAUGCACUGGCAUUCGCUUGGGGUGUCACUUUGGUACUGAAAGAUGAAACGGAGGUUGGUGAGAUUGUCGGUGUUCUAAUCUCAACAAUGAUUGGUUCUUUUUCACUUGCGAUCGCUGCACCGGAAUUACAAGCGAUUGCUAAAGGCCAGGCAGCAGCUGCAAAAAUCUUUGACACUAUUGAAAGGAUUCCACCUAUUGAUAGUGCAAGUGAAGAAGGUCUCAAGCCAUCGUUCAUAGCUGGUAACAUUACAUUUGAGGAUGUCGAUUUUAGUUAUCCAGCAAGACUGAAUGUUCAAGUUAUGAAAAAGUUCACCGCUACAUUCCAUAAAGGUCAUUUGACAGCUCUGGUCGGUGCAUCAGGUAGUGGUAAGAGCACGGCAAUCGGUCUUAUUGAGAGAUUUUAUGACCCUCUCAAUGGUGUUAUUAAAUUAGAUGGGAAUGAUCUUAGAGAUAUCAACGUCAAAUGGCUUCGCAGUAAGAUCGGUAUGGUUGGUCAAGAACCUGUUUUAUUCAAUGAGACAUUACGUGCCAAUGUUGAACACGGUUUGAUCGGAACUGAAAUGGAACACUGGCCAGACGAACAAAGGUUGGAAUUGGUUAUCAACGCUUGCAAGGUUGCUAACGCUGACGGUUUUAUCAACACACUGCCUGAGAAAUACGACAAUUCAGUUGGUGAACGCGGUAUGCUCUUAUCUGGGGGUCAAAAGCAACGUGUUGCUAUUGCCAGAGCAAUUGUAUCUGACCCUCCAAUCUUACUGUUAGAUGAAGCAACGGCAGCCCUCGACAGUGCAUCAGAGUCUAUCGUACAAAAAGCUCUCGAUAAAGCAGCAAAGAAUCGUACGACUAUUGCUAUUGCUCACCGUUUGUCUACUAUCAAGAAUGCUAAUCAGAUUAUUGUCAUGGGUGGUGGUGAAAUCCUCGAAGUUGGUGAUCAUAAUUCCCUGACCGCUAAUCCCGACGGUGCAUACUCAACCUUCGUCGCUGCACAAUCAUUGGCUCAAGCCAAGGAUGAAGAAGCAGCCCAGGUCAACUCUGAUGUUGUUGAGAAAAAUGACGACCUUCAUGAGGAUGUUAUACCACUCAAUCGCGUCAAAAGUGGACGCUCGGUCACCUCGCAGAUACUGGAAAAGAGUAAUGAAGAGAAAGUUGAAAAAGAACAUCAUUACUCGAUGUUUGAAGUAAUAAGACGACUUGUCAAGAUGAAUAGACCAGGUUGGUCUGCCUACACGUCUGGUUCUAUUGCAGCGCUUGUGACUGGAUCGGCUUAUCCCAUCAUGGGCAUUCUCUUGGGUAGGAUCCUGCAACACAUCGCCGCCAGAUCCCCUACCGAUCCUGAUUAUCAUUCAUAUAUAAGACAUCAGAUUGAUAGAGACAGUUUAUGGUUUUUCAUCAUGGCUAUUGGAGCAGCCUUGGGUAUCCUUAUUCAAAGCUGGGCGAUGCAUUAUGCUGGUGAACUUCUUACUUAUGCUUUGCGUCAUGAGUCAUUUAAGAAACUACUAAGGUCAGACGUCGAGUACUUCGACAAAAAGGAAAAUAGCACGGGUGUUCUAACGUCAAAUUUAGCUGAUAAUGCUCAAAAAGUUCAAGGCUUAGCUGGAAUCUCAGCUUCAACUAUCAUACAAUCGUGUUCAACUCUCAUCGUUGGAGUUGCCAUUGGAAUUGGGUACAAUUGGAAAUUAGGUUUGGUUGGGACAGCCUGUAUUCCUCUUACCCUUUCUGCUGGUAUCACACGUUUAAAGAUUGUUGUUACGAAAGACCAGCAGAACAAAAAGUCAUAUGAGGACAGUGCAGAGAUGGCAUGCGAGGCUGCAGGUGCUAUUAGAACUGUCGCUUCUCUCACCCGUGAAGGUCAAGCAUUAGAAGAAUAUCAGACUUUACUUCGGACACCACUUAGAAACUCGAUUAGAACGUCCCUAUGGAGUUCAGCUAUUUAUGGUCUCUCUCAAGGUAUGGCAUUUUUAGUAUUCACAUUCGUACCAGAUGUGUCCAAUGCCAGAGGUGGUGCUGCUCGGAUACUUAAGUUGCUCGAUACUAAAACAGAGAUUGAGAUUGAAACUACAAGUCAAGACGGCAUACAUCUUGAUACUGUUGAGGGUCAUAUCACAUUUGAAGAUGUCCACUUUAGAUAUCCAACUCGUUCAGAUGUGCCGGUAUUGCGCUCUCUCGAUUUGGAAAUUAAGCCAGGUAGCUACGUCGCAUUGGUAGGACCAUCUGGUUGUGGUAAAAGCACCACCAUUCAGCUCAUAGAACGAUUCUAUGACCCAGCGUACGGUUCAGUCAAGCUCGAUGGUCAUGAAGUGAGGGACCUCAACUUGAACAAUCUCAGAUCGCACAUGGCAUUGGUUUCUCAGGAGCCAACACUCUACGCUGGUACAGUCAAAUACAAUAUUCUCAUGGGUGCUGUCAAGCCACACGAAGAGGUAUCUCAACAAGAGUUGGAGGAUGCAUGUGCCGACGCUAACAUACUUGACUUUAUCAAGGGUCUUCCAGAUGGCUUCGAGACCCAAGUUGGCGGUAAAGGUACACAAUUAUCGGGAGGACAAAAGCAACGUAUUGCCAUCGCUAGAGCACUCAUUCGUAAACCAAAGAUCCUCCUCCUCGAUGAGGCUACCAGUGCUCUCGACCAAACGAGUGAGGCUGUCGUUCAAGCUGCAUUAGAUAAGGUUGCUUCGGGAAGAACAACUAUCGCUAUUGCACAUAGACUAUCAACAAUCCAGAAGGCAGAUAGGAUAUAUGUCAUCAAGGAUGGUAAAGUUAGUCAAGCGGGCGCUCACAAGGAUCUUAUAGAACAGAAAGAUGGACUCUAUGCUGAACUGGUUGCAUUACAAAAUCUAUCUAGUCAAGACGCUUAGGGUUCUCGGUAGGAUAGUUUCAGACUAAUGAACAUUGAUUAUACAUAAUGAUUUACGUUCAC